GAGAUGGGCGAGUCAACGCAGUUCAUCUCGGGCAUCCGCUCCAGCGAGCCUGCUGCCGGCCAGGGCGCAGUGGUGCGGAGAGCAGAGGAGAUGGUGGCGCGCAUGCAGGUGCAGUUUGCAGCCAUGGAGAAGGAGGCGGCCCACAAGGACACCGUGCUCGACCGCCUGCUCGCCCACGCCAAGUCCACCAAGCAGCAAAUGAGGGCGGUGGAGGAGCGGUCGCGAGUGGAGAAGGACGAGCUGCGGAGGGAGAUGACGGAGCAGCAGCAGCGCAUGCAGAAGGAGCUGGAGAGUGCAGCGGGGAGGGAGGAGAGGAUGAGGCGGCAGCUGAUGGAGGCGCAGGAGGGCAUAGCGCACCGGGACGCCUUCCUGCAGCAGCUGCAGGAGGAGGCCGCACUCUCCGCCUCCGCGCUCAAGCAGGCCGCCAGGGCGAUGGUGGCGGCGAGGGACCGCACGUUGAGGAUAGAGGAGCAGCUGGAGUCGAUGGGCGACCAGCUGGCCAAGGAGCGCGCCAAGACCCGCCGCGAGUGCGAGAACACCGCCCGUGUCACUGCUGAGCUGGCGGAGGCGCGCAUGGCGGCGGAGGAGAUGGCGGGGCGGGUGGGGCGGCUGGAGAGCGAGGUGGAGCGCAAGGAGCGGGCCAUGCAGCAGAGCCAAGAGGAGGCAGACGCUGUCAGGGCGCAGCUGCAAGCCACGCAGCAGGUAGGCACGGCGAGCGGCUGUGGAGGGGCGAACGAGGGGCUCAAUUGGUGUGCCCUGGAGGAGGCAGCGCGGCAGGCGAGGGAGGAGCAGGCGGGGAGGCAGCAGGCGGAGGCGGCGGUGGAGGAGGAGCGGGCGGCGGCCGCAGCGGCGGUGGCGGGGCAGAUGAGCGCGGCACAGCGGCUGAUGGAGGCACAGGCGCGCGUGCAGCUGCUGGAAGGCGAGGUGGACUCGCUCAAGGAGGUGGCGUUGAGCAAGGACUCGCUGCUGGCGGCGGUGAAGGAGGAGACGAUGCGCAACGCUGACAUGCUGCUCGCUGCUGCCAACACUCGCAAGGAGCUGGCGGGGGCGGAGGCGCGCAUAGCAGCGCUGCAGGGGUCGGUGGGGGCAUUGGAAGCGGAGGUGCGGCAGCAGGACCAGCUGCUCAAUGACAUUCGUGCCGAUGCUGUCUCCUCUGCUGACGCCCUGCGCACCGCGGCACAGAUCAACCAGGACCUGAAUGCAGCGAGGGAGCGCGAGGCGGAGCUGGUGGAGCAGCUGGAGCAGCGCGAGGCGGAGGUGGAGAGUCUGCGCCGCGACACCACCGAGAACAUCCGCGCCCAGCGCGCCGAGCUCGCGCUGCGCGAGGCGGAGAGGAGGGCGCGCGAGCUGGAGAUGGAGAGGGAGUCGCUGCGGCGGGGCGUGGCGAAGCGCGACCAGGCGCUGGGGCUCAUGAAGAGAGAGCUCGAACGCAGCGCUCACAUGCUCUCCGCCGCCUCUGACACCCGCCAGGCGCUGCGGAGCAUGAAGGAGCAGAUGGAGUGGAUGCAGGAGGAGGCGCGCGUGAAGGAGGAGCGCCUGGCAGCGCUGCAGGAGGAGUUCGUCUCCGCCCUCAAAGGCACCACCUUCCCAUCGCUGGUACACGCCUCAAAGGCACCACCUUCCCAUCGCUGGUACACGCCUCAAAGGCACCACCUUCCCAUCGCUGGUACACGCCUCAAAGGCACCACCUUCCCAUCGCUGGUACACGCCUCAAAGGCACCACCUUCCCAUCGCUGGUACACGCCUCAAAGGCACCACCUUCCCAUCGCUGGUACACGCCUCAAAGGCACCACCUUCCCAUCGCUGGUACACGCCUCAAAGGCACCACCUUCCCAUCGCUGGUACACGCCUCAAAGGCACCACCUUCCCAUCGCUGGUACACGCCUCAAAGGCACCACCUUCCCAUCGCUGGUACACGCCUCAAAGGCACCACCUUCCCAUCGCUGGUACACGCCCUCAAAGGCACCACCUUCCCAUCGCUGGUACACGUCUCUUGCAUGCGUGCAUGAAUGCACCACUGUUCUUCUUAGGUCAUCCGCCGCGCUUUUCCCACCCGGGAGCCGCGCGGACAGGGGGCGCAAGUCCGCAGUUGUUCGCGUGAGCGCCGAAGCGGAGACUCCGCAGAGCGAGCGGCUCCAAUUGAACGGCUCGGUGCUGCGCGCGGACCCGCUGUGGUCGGCGGUGACGGAGCAAGUGGCGAUUGGCGGGAGCGUCACGACGGCGGGCGCGGAGGACGUGCGCGCGCUGCAGACGCAGUUCGGCAUGACGGCCGUUGUUAACGUCGAGGAAGAGAGCGCGAUGAAGGCGCGCGGCAGCAGCUGGGACGAGGAGCGGCGGCGGCUGGAGGAGCAAGGCGUGGUGGCCGUGUGGGUGCCCGUCAAGGAGCACGACGCCACGGAGCAGGCGCUGAUGCUGCCGCAGGUGGUGCGGGUGGUGUCGGCGCUGGUGACGGCGGGGCACACGGUGGUGCUGCAGUGCUCGUCGGGCGACCGCGUCUCGCCGCUCAUCGCCAUCGGGUACCUCAUGUUCGUGCGCGGCAUGCCUGCGGACGCCGCGUCCGCGCUCGUGGCGGAGAGGCGCGCCGGCAUCAGCCCGCCCAUGGGCGUGCUCACGGAGGCGAUGGAGAAGGUGUUGGCGGGGGCGACGGCGCGCGUGAUAGAGAUAGCGGAGAGCAUCUACCGCCAGCGCGAGCGCACAGGGCAGCCAGGCGACUCCAACUCCGACUGGGUGCAAGCCCAGCGGGCGUACAUCAACGAAGCCUUUGCCAAAUGGCUCGCUGCUGACGUCAGCUUCGCAGAGUCUAUCGCCCAGGCGGCGGAGCGCAAGGCGAGGGAGCAGCAGGUAGCAGAGGAGGCGGAGCGGAGGGCUGCUGGGCCCGCCAAGCGCCUGCUGACGCCCAUCCGCUGGAACGACUCCGCCAAGGCCCCCGCGCCGCCGCUGUCCGCCCCGGCGGGCGCGGGCAGCAGCGAGGCACUGGCGGCGGCGAACCGGCGCGUGGCGGCGCUGAGCAAGGAGCUGGAGGGGGUGACGCGCGUGGCGGGCGAGCAGGCGGCGACGCUGCAGCGCGCGGGGCAGCAGGUGGCGGAGCUGACGGGGCAGGUGGAGGCGCUGCAGCGCAAGGAGCGCCUGUACACGGAGGCGCUGGCGCAGGCCAACGAGCGCAUGGAGCUGCUGGGGGAGCGCAUGCGCGCGGUGGAGCAGCAGGGCCGCGCGGAGAAGGAGCGCCUGGAGGGGGAAGUGCAGUCGCUGCGCGCGCGCGUGGAGGCGGACGAGCAGCGCGGCGGGCGCGCGUCGACGGUGAUCCAAGGGCUGCGCAUGGAGCUGCAGGCCGCCAAGGAUGAGGUUAAGGAGCAGUGGGCGGCCGUCGCGCGCGCCGAGAAGAGCAUCGGCGCGCUCAGCGCGCGCGUCAAGGAGGAGGAGCAGCGUGCUCAGCGCGCGGAGGCGGCGGCGCUGGCGGCGGAGGAGGACAAGCGGCGCGCGUUGAAGGAGCUGGAGGGGGCGAAGGGCGAGAGCGUGAGCGAGUCGCAGGACGCGCGCGCGCGCAUGACGGCGCUGGGCGCGCAGGUGCAGCAGCUGAGCGAGCGGCUCAAGGCGGCGACGGGCGUGGCGGAGAAGGCGACGGGGCGCGCGGACGUGCUAGAAAAGCAGGUCGCGCAGCUGGAGGCGCGCGCGCGCAAGGCGGAGGAGGCGGAGGCGGUAUCCGCGCGCGCAGCGGGGCUGCUCACAGAGCAGGUGAAGGCGCUGGAGGGCAGCGCGGCGGAGGCGGGCGCGCGCGUGGGGCAGCUGAGCGGGGAGCUGGAGCGGCUGCGCAUGCGCGAGGCGGAGCGCGCGGCGGAGGGCGUGGCGAGCGGGGAGCGCGCGAAGCAGCUGAUGGCGCUGGUGAAGGAGCUUUCUGAGAAGGAGGCGCGGCAGCGCGCGCGCACGGAGCAGGUGGAGGCGAAGCUGGCAGCGCUGCGCAACCAGGACUCAGAGCUGGCCUCGCGGGCCGCCGUGUUCUCCGCCCAAAUGGAGGAAAUGGCUCGCCAGCUGGCGCGGCUGAACGCGGAGCUCGCGUUUGCGGAGGGGCGCGAGGGCGAGGUGCAGGAGGCGUGGCGAGCGCAGCUGGGGGCAGCGAGCGACGUGAUGGGCGCCAUGGGACCCGAGGCAGCAGCACUGGCGGCAGAGAGGGGCGUGGAGAUGGAGAUGGAGCAGGCUGAGGGGCAACCGGGCGAGCUGCUCAGGGUGUUGAUGCAGCGGGUGAGCUGUGAGGCGGCGGUGGUGAGGGAGCGCAGCGCACGGCUGAUAGAGGAGACGCACCACAUGCGCCAGCAGCUCGAUGAAGCACGCAACCAGGUGCAGGAGCGGCCGGCAGAGGGGUCGGAGGGAGCAGCAGCGCGGCUGAAGGAGUACGUGGAGGCAGCGGAGGCGAUGGCGGUGGAGCAGAAGCAGAAGCUGGUGGACCGCGUGCACUCGCUGCAGUGGCUGCUGGGCGCCACCAUCGCCCUCGCUGUCAUCGUACCGGCUACCGCCUUCUAUUCCUUCUUCACCGAUGACUCGCACGCCACCCAGGUGGAGAUGCUACGGUCGCGCCUGGCAGCAGCAACGAGUGGGCGGCAGGAGCUGGAGAGUGCAGCAGUCAAGGCGGAGGCGAGCAAGCGGGCAGCAAUGAGUGCAGUGCAGACGCUAGAGGAGGUGGUGGAGGGGCAGCGCGGGUCAGUGGAGCGGCUGCAGGCACUCAUUCCGCUCGUGGCGCCGUCCAUCCAGUCAGAGCAGGCGGCGCGCUUCUGUGAAAACGUGCCUGUGGAGUACCAGUCUCCCGUCACCCAGCGCUUCUGCUCCGAUAUCGUGCCCCCCUCCGACUCUGCACCGCCCACUACCGCACAGGACACCUGA